AUGGAGCUUCCGUUUACCAACCUGGAAAUGGCAUUCAUUUUAUUGGCUUUUGUUAUCUUUUCCUUCUUUACUCUGGCUUCCAUCUACACGAACCCGGAUGAGAGGAAUGAAGGUAAACAGAGAGAAGAGAGAGAGAGAGAGAGAAAGAGAGUUUUAUUAAAUAGCCUGAAAUAUCUACUGUGGCAUUUUACCAUUAUUUAUUAA